ACACGUACAACGUGACUGACGUCAUUGACCGACGUCCCCUGUUUUUGUAUUCAGGGUGAAUUGUGAAUGUGGUGGUUACUCGUUGUAAAGUUAGAGACAAGAGGAUAACGAAAUCGUAGCCAUUUGUUAUGGCCUUGCAAACUGCCGAGGAUAUAGAGGAGCACAUCGAGGAGUCCGAGGAUAUAUUGGAACAGGAUGUCCGUGUCUCUCCAGCAGAGGAAAUGCCGGGCGAUGGGCCCGGAGAAGAAGAAUCUGAUCAGCUAUUUCUGCCGUGGGACCGAUUCUCUGCUUGGCUACAUUGUAUUUGUGUCGUAGGUUUCGAUCUAGAACUUGGUCAAGCUGUUGAGGUAAUUUAUCCACAUCACUCAAAACUAACUGAAAAAGAGAAAACCAGUAUUUGCUACCUGUCCUUCCCAGACUCCAAUUCAGGUUGCCUGGGUGACACACAGUUCUGCUUCCGUUUCCGGCAAGCAUCAAGCAGGCAGUUGUCGCUAGGAUGCUUUCUGGACCGUUGUGAUCGGGAUGCCCCUGUCUGCCUCAAGAGAGACCAGGGCCAUUUCUAUGGUUAUGUCUACUUCAGACAGGUGCGGGACAAGUCACUCAAAAGGGGCUACUUUCAGAAGUCUCUUGUCCUGAUCAGCAAGCUUCCAUAUGUCACCUUCUUUCAUCAACUGCUGAAGUUGCUGGCUCCAGAAUACUUUGAGAAGCAAGAACCUUGUCUUGAAGCUGCUUGUAAUGACAUAGAUCGCUGGCCCACACCAUCCCCUGGAAAAAUACUGAGUCUCCCCAUUAUGGGGAUAGUCAUGAAGCUGCGUAUACCUACAUGUUAUGAUAAACCAGGAACCUCACAGCUAGUGCAGUCAACACCGAGUGACAGCCUUGUGUCCAUUGUCCUUCCUACUAUACAUGAGGUGGACUUGUUUCGGUGUUUCUAUCCAGUCUUCUUUCACAUUCAGAUGUUGUGGGAGUUGGUUUUGCUAGGUGAGCCGCUAGUUGUCAUGGCGCCAUCUCCAUCGGACUCCUCCGACACGGUGCUGGCGCUAGUCAGUUGCAUUUCGCCGCUGCGCUACUGCAGUGACUUCAGGCCAUACUUUACCAUCCAUGAUAGUGAGUUCAAGGAAUACACCACCAGGACACAGGCUCCGCCAUCUGUCAUCCUUGGUGUGACCAACCCUUUCUUUGCCAAAACCCUCCAGCAUUGGCCUCACAUCAUCCGUAUUGGAGACAUGAAACAGACAGGUGAGAUGGCAAAGCAGAUGAAGGUGAAGAAACUAAAAAACCUGAAAACUCUGGACUCUAAACCAGGUGUGUACAGUGCAUACAAACCAUUCUUGAACAAAGAUGAGGACAUCAUCAAACAGCUACAGAAGGGUGUUCAGCAGAAACGUCCGUCCGCAGCCCAGAAUGCAAUUCUGAGACGGUACUUCUUAGAACUAACCCAAAGUUUCAUCAUACCAUUGGAGCGAUAUGUUGCCAGUCUAAUGCCCCUGAAGAAGAGUAUCUCUCCAUGGAAGAGCCCGCCUCAGUUACGUCCCUUCAUUCAAGAGGAGUUCAUGAAAACACUGGAGAAGGCUGGUCCGCAAUUGACAUCUCGGCUCAAGGGUGACUGGAUUGGCCUCUACAGGCAGUUUCUUAAGUCGCCUAACUUCGAUGGAUGGUUCCGGAACCGCAGGAAAGAAAUGAUGCAAAAACUAGAAGCCUUGCAUCUAGAGGCUCUAUGUGAAGAGGAUCUUCAACUACGUAUUCAGAAACACACUGAAGUGGAGACCGUGGACCUUGUUCUAAAACUCAAAGAUAAACUAACACAGGCAGAAAGAGAGCAGCUCCCUGUUCGAGCAGGAACCUUGGCCAAACUCCAGACCCACAUUGAGUCCAUCAUCCUUUCCCUCCCUGAGGACCUCCAGGGGAUCUUGCAUAAGCCAGCCACCCUCUGAGAUUGACCCUCUCGCCCCUGACCCCAGUGUUGCAACUGGACGGCUACAGGGGAGUGACUCUAAAUCAAAGCAGGCUAAGCUCCCGAAUGAGCUCUGGACAUUUCCUUUUUGUUAUUUUUUUUAUUGUUUUAUUUUUAAAACCAGGAUUUUAAGUGCACUUGUUCCCAUAGACUAAUGGAAUAUUGGCGUUGCAAACAAUGGAAGCUAUAAUAAGGACAUGUCUCCAGACAAGGAGAGCUAAACAUGGUUAUUCUACUCUGCACAAGUACAGGGUCUUGUUGUGUAUAAGUGUUACUGACAUGCACACAAGCUGGACCUGGGCCAUGUCGCUGUGCAUUCUUUGGCACUAAUGUUGUGAAGGAAUUAUGUCCACAUUUUUUCAAAUCUGAAUGUUCCACAAGCCCUUUAAAUCUGUCUAGUAAUCUAAAUGGAUUAAUUGAUCGAUGCAAAUCGUGGGAUCCUCUACAUUAUUUUACUUUGUGCAGCAGCUGCAGAGACUGGCUAUAUGUUGAUAAUGUGACAGAUGAAUUUGAUGUGGGACCUUUGAAUUAUGAUACAUUCAUCUAUUCUAUGGGGUUUUUUACAACUAUUGUUUGGAAAAAGAGUGCUCAACUAAAAGGUUGAAUCUUGAAGUUAGAUAAAGUACAGGGAACUGAGAAGAUGGGGAAGCAAUAAAAUAAACCAGCUGUGUACAUCAGGUUUAUGAUUCAUAAUAGUUUUCAUCUAGUACUUCUGAAUUUAUGAAUUGUCUAUGAGAGGCUUGAUAUGUUGUCAGAUAUGCUGACUACAGUUAAAGCACUUAAGUAAAGGCAGUUCUGAAAAGGAAACACUAACCAAACCUAACUUAUCUUUCAAGAGUUUAUCAACUCUUACAAUGGAUGUAGCAAUUUAUUGUUAAUAGCAGCUUAUUUCCAGUGCCGGGCUCUUUAUGUAAUUGACUUAGUUGAAAAUAGUUAUACUGUAUUCUUUACGAAACCUGUUCAUUUAAAGCUUAAGUCAUAAAUUCACCUGCAAAGGGAAACAACCAGAUCGAGUAAAUGAGUUAAGCCUCUUUGGAAACCUUGACAUUUGUAGAAGCCUGAAGUAAUCAUCUGUUUAUCUGCACAAAAAGGAUUAUUUGAUGUGUGUUUUUGUUGAUGUGCCUCAAUGAUGAUUGAUAUCAGGCUUGUGUCUGAUGUUCUGCCCUACAGUCCUAUGUAUGCCUCUACAUACAUUCCUCAGAAAAGAGCAGGAGUUAGCAUCUUCUAAUUGGGGUUGUUCCAUGCCAGCCUAGCCUGACUGGCACUGCAUUUAUUGCUUUGCACUAGGGUCUGCUUAUUAUUCAUUCCUUUUUCAAGGUGUUCAUGUACUGCUUGAGCAUAUACUAACAACAAUCAUGCAUUGUGCAUUUUCACUGUAAAUUGCAGCUUGAGUCCAUACUUAGUUAUUGCAUUGUCAGCUUCAUUCCUUUGUUUAAGGUAUGGAUUAAAGCAGUGAUUACUUUUCAGUUACCGGUGCCUUUGACACUUGAUCUAAGGUUUCUUUUCUACAAUACAUGCAUUAUUGCCUUUCUACAAUACAUGCAUUAUUGCCUUUGAACAUUGCGCCAGUCACACUAAUAGUAUCCAUGUUUACAGUGUUUCUGUUAGUGCUCUGGUUGCAACCUAACCUCAACAACCUUGUGGAUCUGGGGGGAAAAUGAAGGAUUCAUGUCAUAUUUGUUCUUGGACUGUACUGUUGGUAGCAGGAGUCAUACCCACAGUUUGUGGCUAAAGUGAUAUCCAGUGCCCCUCCUUGUUGUAGACCACCAACCCCAGAUAAAGGGAGAUCAUGUGGAGGAAAAUGAAUCACAAGCUUUUUAGAAAUAGUUUAUUUUACGGCAAGUGGAACCUGGAAACCACCAAAGAUUAUAACUUGAUGUUUCCAAUUUAAGUAUGCAGUUUGUAGUGACCGUAUUAGUUACCUUCAUCUGACAGAUUAUCAGUCUCCCCAUCUCCCUGAGCAUACCCCCCCUACAGCAUAUUCAUUUUUUAAUGUGGCGAAUGUUUUCACAUGCAAAAAGUAUACACUAAUAGGUGGUAAACAGAACCUGUGACAGUUGGUUGUUGGGCAACCACUCUUAUUUUAUAUUUAAAGAGAAAUGUAUUUUAACAUGCUUGGAUUUUAUAUAGAGGUAUAUUCUCAUACUCUACUAGCUCUAGAAAUUGAAUGAAUUGUUUCACAGAACCACUUGCCCAUUUAUGAUAUUUUUCCACUAUUCUAUGAACAAAUAUUUUUUUAAGUCAUGGAGUCUUAAUAUUUAUAGAUGUUGUUAGCGUGGAAUGUGAAAUAUCCCAAAUGGGCUCAUUAAGAACCACAACAAUAAUGUAAACUAAAGCACAGAUACUAUCUAUUGCUUCAGGUGGAGUAAAUAAAUUGGCAUUAAUGGUGUGCUCUAUUGAAUUUCUUGUAUUUCUUGACUACAAUUCCAGCUGUAGGCUACAACAGUAUUGCUUUGCUACAACCAUACUCAUGACAAAGGUUUUUCAUUUGUAAAUAAACUGACAAUACAGAAAGUAA